AUGGCCUUCAACGGACGGCGCGGCCCCAACAUCUCGCAGUUUCUGCGGGAACUGCACGAGAACCCCACCCUCGUCGAGAACGACGCGGCGUUCUCCAUGGACGACCAGGACCUCUCCAUGUUCACCAACACCGAGUUCUUUGACCUCGAGACCGGCCAGAACACCGACUUCCAGCCGCAACACAACCAGCACCAGCCGCCCAAGCCCGGCUCCGAGAGCAACUCGGCCUCCUCGGCCGUCUCGCCGCUCAGCGAGGACACCAUGACCACCAUGGCGGAUUUCUCACACAUGGACUUCAUGACAACAGGUACGGACGCCCAACUGAUAUCAGCUUCCUUGUAA